AUGAUUCUUUCUCUCUCUUUCCCUCGUCCUCUUGUCUCUCCCAGCUGCCUCCCUCUACAUUCCUACUGCUUCGAGAAUAUUGCCCUGUUCGCCGACAAGCCCUGCCUCAUCGACGCCGCCACGGGGACCACCCACACCUACGCCGAUGUCGACCUCACCGCCCGCCGCGUCGCGGCGGGCCUCCACAACGAGCUCGGGAUCCAGCAAGGCGACGUCAUCAUGCUCCUCCUCCAGAACUCCCCUGAAUUCGUCUACGCCUUCCUCGCCACCUCGCACCUCGGCACCGUCGUCACAACCACGAAUACUUUCUACACCCCGGUCGAAAUCGCCAAGCAGAUCGCCGCCUCGAAGGCCAAGCUCGUGAUCACGCACUCCAAUUUCGCCGAAAAAAUCAAAUCGGAAGUGAAAAUCGUCACGAUCGACGAUGCUCUGUUUUUCAAAUUCUCGGAUCUGGUGAAGGAGGGCGAAAUUGAACCGAUCCUCCCCGCCGUGAAGAUAAAUCCCCACGACGUGGUGCCGCUGCCGUAUUCUUCGAGGAUGACGGGGCUGCCGAAGGGCGUGAUGCUGACGCACAGGGGGCUGGUGACGAGCAUGUCGCAUCAGGUCGACGGCGAGAAUCCGAAUCUGUAUUCCCAUCGGAACGACGUGAUCCUCUGCGUUUUGCCGUUGUUCCACAUCUAUUCGCUGAAUUCGAUCAAGCUCUGCGGCCUGAGGGUCGGGGCGGCGAUUCUGAUCACGGCGAAAUUUGAGAUUGGGGCUCUGGUGGAGCUGGUGCAGAGGUACAGGAUGACGAUCGCGUCGUUCGUGCCGCCGAUCGUGCUCGCGAUCGCGAAGUGGCCGUUAAAUGAGUGUGGUUGA